UUUUGAACUAUCUUCUGAAGAUGUGUCUAAAAUUAGGAUGUGAGGCAAGGCUAAUGGGAAAUAACCUCGUUUAUAUGCAGUAUAUGAUCCUUACCUGACAAUGGGCAGCUAGUCAAGAGAAUUGGUUUGAAAAUUUAGACUCAGAUGAGAAUGUUAGAGGGAUAACAAUUGCUCUACUUGAAAACAUUGCAAUUUCAUCAAAAUCUAAAUUCUACGCAGAUCUUUUGGCCAGAACGAGAGGUAAAAUGAUAGCAGAAGUUCUGAUUGUCUUUCUCAGUACUCCUGAUAAGGAAAAAGAUGAUGCCCAAGAUAAUCCGGGAGAGUUCCUUCAUUUGGCAAUUGAUGUCUGCGAUAAGCAAGAAUCUCAGACUGUGAAGUCUCAGGCUGCUAAAUGAUUGGAAGCCAUAUGUUCCAAAGUUGAUGGAUGAGUUUCCUUCACUUCGAUGUUUUGCAUUCAAGCUAUUGACUGAUAUAUUAACGGCAAUCAUUUAGAGCAGGAAAAUCGGAUGCAUUACUUAAUUUUGCAUGAAUUUUAUGACAAAGAUUUCCUAUCUAAGAAUUCAGAAGAUGUGAUUAUAGAAGCCUGCCUUUCUAGCUUGUCUAUCAUUUCCCAUCUACUUGCUCCUAGAAAGGAUGUCUUAUUCUCAUUAGACAGCAUGCUGAAAAGGAAUCUGGAUCAGCUUACUCAAGGUCCUAUGCUCGUACAAGCAAGACUCGCUCUAUUUUAUGGAUAUUUCACUGAUAUUUUAUUCAAGGACGAUAUUGAGAAGUUCAACCAGAGUAUUAAGUUCCUAUUUGAGGCUAUCAACUAUUCAGAGUCUAUGAUAGCCGUAGGCUACCAGGCCUGUGAAACUUUGACAACCCUCAUAGGAGAUAAGAAUGUGAUUCCCAAGAUCGGCCCACUGUUUGAAGAUAUUUGUAAUCUUUUGGUUGGAUAUGUGGAGACAAACAGAAUUCCUCUGUUCUUCAAUUUCAUGAAUGAGUUUGUGUCCAUAUUCAAGCCGUCACUCAAAGAGAAAAUCAUUGACUUUGUCAGAGUUUUUGCCAAUAGGAUCAAGGUCGAGCAGGAAAGUUUAGAAGGCACCAACGAGAAGACUAAUCAUGUGAUUAACCAAUCCUGCAAUGUGGUCAGGACUAUUUGUGAAGGAAAAGAAUACAUUGAACAGUUUGGUGAACAAAUAGACCAAGAGCUUAUGGUGUUAUACAACUUUAUGGAUCAGCCUGAGAAGAUCGAUUUUGAUGACGACAUUGCACUCUGCAUCUCUACUGCUAUAAAUAUCAAUAAGAAAAUUACUGAUAUCCAAAAGCAAGUAUUCUUUGCCUUUGACAAAGUUCAUAGCAAGUACAAAGGAAUUUUUGGAAAUUUAGUUGUUUCCAUUAAUAGCUUCAUUGUUUAUAACGAUGGGUGGUUUGCGGAGAAUCCAGAUGCAGUGAAAGACCUUGUCUCAAUGGCUACCAGAGGUCUUUACUAUGGAGAACCAAUUAAUGGAAUUUAUACUCCUUGCGAUGGAGCUAUUGUAUUCCAACUUUGACUGCAGUACUUUAAAAGCCCUACCUUUGAUGACUACUUUGCGGAUGCACUUUCCAACACUCUCGAAAUUAUGAAGAAGUUCAAAGAGUCUGAAAAUCUGAAAAUAGUGUUUCUGGGGACUUUCUUGUCAGCAUUCAUUUACAGCCCUGAAGCAACAUUGAAAUAUCUCGAUUCAGAAGAUAUUAUAGAGGCUAUUUUUGAAGAACUCUUCGUAAAUGACUCCAAGAUGUUUCAUCGAUACCAGAAGAAGCUAUACUUGUUUGGGUUAGGGCAAAUGCUGUUCUCUGAAUAUCUCCCUGAUUUUAUCAGUCAAAACUUUGCAAAAAUAUUAUCCAAGAUGAUUCUGAUGCUCGGAAGGCUGAAUCUUGCUGAGAAAUUUGAUGCUAAGAAGAAGAAUUUCAUUAAAAAUGAUAUAGAUGAAGACCAUCCUACAAGAAAAGAGAAUCUUCGUUCUCAAGAAAAUACAAAGACCCAAGAAAACGAGGAGGAAGAUGAGGAGAUUAUUGAGAAUGAACUUAAAGGUAUCAAUGAUUAUUAUGAAGCUAUCUCCUCAGGGUCCUUGCUAAAUACUCCUGUUGAUAAUCAGAACCCUCCUUUUGUUAUCCACAAAGUUGAAAACAAUGGGGAUGGAGGGUGCUGAAAUCAUGAAAAUGAUAACCAUCACAACCAUGAUCACGAGCAUGAUCAUAAUCAUGAUGACGAUCUCAACGAUUCUUGCUGAGGAGAACUUGAUGAGUAUGACAUUCUUGAUCGAGAAUACGAAGAAAGAGAAGAGUUAGAAAUGGAAUACGAUCUUAUUAAAACCAAAAUCAGAGACAUGGACGAAAACGACUACUUUAGGACAGUAAUCUUCAAGUUAUACAAAAUAAGCCCUGAACAAUUCAGCAACAUCAUGAGUCAGCUAUCGCCAAAACAAAACGAGUUCCUCAAAAGCCUGCUCCAGACCCAAACACUGCACAUGAAGAUCAAUGGGGUCGAGACACCAGUGCACAGGAAGAUCCUUAAGGCCAAAAGAAGACGCUAACCAUAAUUAACCAUAAUUCAAUUGCCCACU